AUGGCUAAGAAACAACUUAAGACCUUCCUGGAGGUCUUGGCUGUUUUUCAAUGGGCCUUCACUAUCCUCCUUAUUGGGUUCACAGUGCUCAUCGGCAACCUCUACCUGGUGGUAUUCACAUCAUACUGGCCUGUCACUGUGUUCCUUCUCACAUGGCUGGCUUUUGACUGGAAGACCCCAGAGCGAGGUGGUCGCCGGUUUUCCUGUGUGAGGCGGUGGUGCCUGUGGAAACAGUACAGCGACUACUUCCCCAUAAAGCUUUUGAAGACUCAUGACCUCUCCCCCAAUAACAACUACAUCCUUGUCUGCCACCCUCAUGGGCUACUGGCCCAUGGAUGCUUUGGCAACUUUUGCACAGAGUCCACAGGUUUCUCCAAACUCUUUCCUGGCAUCACCCCUUAUCCUCUCACACUGGGGGCCUUUUUCUGGUUGCCUAUUCUGAGAGACUACGUCCUAUCUACAGGCAUGUGCUCUGUGAGCGAUUCUUCCAUUGACUUCCUGCUCACUCACAGAGGCACUGGCAACUUGCUGGUGGUGGUGGCUGGUGGCCUGGCUGAGUGCAAGUACAGCCUGCCAGCCUCCACCACCCUGUACUUGAAGAACCGGAAAGGCUUUAUACGGAAGGCCCUUCAGCACGGGGUGUCUCUGGUCCCCGCCUACUCCUUUGGGGAGACAGAGCUCUAUGAUCAACACAUUUUCACUCCCGGGGGCUUCAUCAACUCCUUCCAGAAGUGGUUCCAGAGUUGGAUACACAUCUACCCUUGUGCUUUCUAUGGGCGUGGUUUCACUGAGAACUCCUGGGGCCUUCUGCCCUAUGCAAAGCCUGUCACAAUUGUUGUUGGGAAGCCUCUACCAAUGCCCAAGAUUGAGAACCCAAGCCAGGAGAUAGUGGCUAAAUACCACACACUGUAUGUGGAUGCCUUAUGCAAACUGUUCAACCAACAUAAGAUGAAGUUUGGCAUCUCAGAGUCCACGGAGCUGGUGAUGGAUUGACAGACAUCAUCAGCAGCCUCUCAGUCUGGCUGAAGUUGUAGAACAGUGAA